AUGGCUACUGAUCCUCGUGCGUACAAGAAGCACGUUCUCGAGCUUCGUGGCAGACCAGUGACGCUCGUGAAUUCGGAGUUCUUCGCUGCCGCCUUGAAGAAGGAAUGGCAAGAAGGUCAAAAGCGACAGGUCCCACUUCCUGCCGACCGCCCCAAAGUUGUCGACCUCUACGUGCACUGGCUAUACACUGGAAAGAUAUUUGUUCGACCACUCCUCGAAGAGACUGGAGAGAACAACACGGAAAGUGCUAUUAUUGUCGAACUGUUCUUGUUCGGUGAGAAGGUCCAGGACGGCAACCUUAAGGACGCCGCUAUCGACGCUCUGAUCAUGGCGACAAACACUCAAGACAAGGAUCAGAAACUGUGGUACCCAACAAACACCAUCGAAGAUGCGUACAAUGGAACUCCAGCAAGUUCGCCGCUUCGUCGACUCCUAGUCGAUAUGUACAUCUCCCACGGACAUGGCCCAUGGAUCAAAGGCACAGAGCCAAUAGAGUUCUUAGUGGACCUAAGUCGAGCACUUAUCGACUCUCGUCGCGAUAAACCGAACCCCCGAUCCGACCAGCUCAAAGCAAAUCGAGUGUAG